UGGUCUAGUCGUGACCAAUGUGGGUUACAGAGUGAUAUAGUUACCUAGUGAAUUUUGUUGUUAACUGGAACUGUUCUACUGAAUUGUGUUCAUAUUUUUUUGUGUGUGCACGAAGUAGUUGAGGUGAUUUUUAUUUCAAACUGUUUGUUUUUCAUUUCAGGAAUACUGAAAGUGGGGUGUAUCUUUAAUAAUAUUUUGGCAUAACAUUUUUGAAAAUUGAAGUCCGAUCUUAUCUCAUAAUAUUAUUUUACUUAUUUUAUUGAUGAACUUAUCUACUCUACAGUCUACCACGUAGAGAGAUAUGUGUUAUAUAUAGUGUAAAUUAUAAAUUAACUAUAAAUUAAUAAACAAUCAAAUUAAACCAGUAUGAACGAGAUUAAACAAUAAAUUCAAAAUGUCCUUUACAAAUUUCCUCAAGCACUAUUGAUUAAAUAAAAAAAAACAACAGAAACUUUGUAACAAAAUCGAAAUCCUUUUUGUCAAAAUUCCUACAACCACAUAGGUACCAACCUAACCUACCUACCUACCUCGAUGGAGGAUAUAAAUAUGUUUAAGAGAAGUCCCACAAUGGAAGAAGAAUCCGGCUGUCAACUCCGUAAACGAAGGUUUGCUGGAAACCCGAAUUUAGCGCUAAACUUGGAAGUAGGGUAUCAAGUGAAUGAAGGCUGCAGCAGUCGUGGUACUCCAUCGCCCUGUCAUAGCAAAGUGGCAGCCACGCCGACAUCAGCUCAACUCCGACAAGAAUUCAGAAAUAAACAACAAUCCUUUGAUUUGCCGGUUGAGGAUUGCGAAGAAAUAGAAAUAAUAAUAGAGAGUGAUGAAGAAGAAGGGGAGAAAGAAGAAAAUGCGACAGCUGUUAUUAAAGUAGACCGUCCUAUAACACCUACACCGGUCCAGGACUUUGGAGCCAGCGUAGUAUAUACUGAAGGGCCUCAAGCAAUGGAUUUUUUGAACGUAAACGCCAUUGAACACGAUUGCUACACUGACGUCUCGGACGCUGACUCAGAUGAUGAAGAGGAAAAUUAAAUUUACUGUACAUUGCUUGCAAAUUAAAUAAGUAAAAUAAGAAGACUAUAAUAUUAUAAAGGAGUAUUACAUAAAAAUUGAGACGUAAAUAAUUUAUUGGCCAAAUAAUUUACUCUUGUAAUUUUAUACAUGAGAUUUAAUAAGCAACUAGCAAAAUUGCAAUCUUUGUCUACUCAGCUUUGAAAAAUAUAGUUCACCGAGCAGUCGCCGCUUCAAGCCGUCGGUCUCAACCGCUUGAAGCGGUCCGUGUACGGCCGCCCUAAUAUGCGAGAGCAUAUUUGAACCGAUUACAGAUGGAAACAAAUUAUAGAAUUAUUGAGUACCUAUAGGUAUUUUAUUAUCAUUAUCGUUAAUCGCUUAGUAUGUAGGAAUAAUUUCAAAUUGUUCAAUCAAAAUCAAACAAAUUACGUAUAACCCGCGCAGAUAGAGAAUAGAUCUGAAGAUGGCGACGGGUACUUAUGCUACGAUUGGCAAAUUAAGUUCUCUAACAUCGUUUUUUUUUUUGUUUUUAAAGUUCGUAACAAAAAUAUAAGGAAAAUAAAUAUGUAACA